CUAAUAAUACGAGUAGAAGUUAGGGUUUGCAAUUGAUGAGAAAGAAAAGGAAAAAUUCAAAUGGAAGAAAGCAGCAGCACAUCAAUGAUAGUAAUGGCAAGCCAAAAAUCAACACAAGAAUUGGCAAUACAAGCCCAGAUACAUUUACAAGACACAAUCGAAUCCGCAUUUCAAAUCCUUUCUUCAAUGAAUGAUGAACUCUGUAACCCUAAUUUAUGGUCCACCUCUUCUUUAAAUUCUACAUCCCCCAAUCUAACUAACGGCGUCGCUAACGGAGGCGGCGAUGCCAAUUCAUCUGAUACUAGCAACCACCAUCACUUUGAAAUGGGCGGUGGUGCUCUCGAUGAAGCCCGUCUUCGCUACAAGUCCUCCAUUUCCGCUCUUCGCUCCGUUGUUACCGCUAUUCCUAAUUCUCGCAAGGCCAAGGCUUAUGAUAUCGAUCAUAUGUCAACUGAUGAGAUGGAUAGUGAUAAACUGGAAGAGCGGGCUUCUGCUCUAAGAAAGGAGCUUGAAAAUAAAAAUAAACAUUUGAAGCUUCUCAUAGAUCAGCUUCGUGAGCUCAUUACAGAUGUUUCAAUGUGGCAGAGUCCUGUUAUUGUAUGAAGCACGUUAGCAAAAUGUCUUCUUUGAAGCCAAGUAGUAGUUUGCAUAAGCUACAAUGAUGAACUCUAAUAGAUGAUCACAGUUAAAUUGCUGACAACUUUUUCAAUCUUUCUAGCGAAACAUUUUAUUUUAAUCGGUUUUUAUCCUAGGUAUAGAUCUUUGUAAUCAACGUUGUAGCCAAAUUGUAAAAUAGUGCCUUUUAGUACGGAUAAUUAUAACACAAAGUCAUGACCGAAAAUUGUUUC